UAUGAUGAGCCCUUGUACGUGAUCAGGAGGGUUUGUAAGUCUAUUGCGAGAAUAAUGGCUUUGGCGCUCGACUUGGAUGUGGAUUAUUUCAAUACACCGGAGAUGCUGGGAAAUCCAAUUGCAGAUAUGGUCUUGUUUCACUAUGAAGGGAAGUCUGAUCCCUCGAUAGGAAUAUAUGCAUGUGGAGCACAUUCUGAUUUCGGAAUGAUGUCUCUCUUAGCAACUGAUGGUGUAAUGGGACUUCAGAUUUGCAAGGAUAAAGACGUGAUGCCUCAAAAGUGGGAAUAUAUUCCAUCAAUUAAAGGGUCUACAUUACAUCGGGUACUUGGGAAUGGGCAAGACCGAUAUUCUAUUCCAUUCUUCCUGAAACCGAGUCAUGACUGUAUAAUAGAGUGUCUUCCUAACUGCCAGUCCGAAAACAACCUUCCCAAUUGUGUUUAAUGAAUAGAUAUAUAUCCAGCGAUCAAAUGUUCAACGUACAUCUCCCCACGUUACAAAGCAGCACAUGCACACCUAAAACAGACCUAGGUGAA